UUAACAGAAGGUUCAACAGGAAAGAUUCGUUCUUAGUGCCUAGAACAUUGUGUGAGUCGGCUGAGUGAAACGGGCUCCUGUGAAUCCUCGCCAUGGAUGAAGAGUUGACGCCUUUGGACUGCCUGCUGCCCUCAGGCACACAGAGGAUCUGUCUGAUCAUUCUGAACCAGCCUCUGGAUAAGGACUACCUACACAUCCUCUGGAGUAAAGCUCUCCUGAGGGCAUGUGCUGAUGGAGCUGCCAAUCACCUUUAUAACGUCACUGCGGGAGGCUGCGGCCGCUUCCUCCCCGACUAUAUCAGUGGGGAUUUUGAUUCCAUUACUGCGGAGGUCAAAGCUUUCUAUGCAGACAAGGGAUGCAAGCUGAUUGAAACGGCUGACCAGGAUCUAACCGACUUCACCAAGUGUCUUGCAAUCAUGCUUCAGGAGAUUAAGACACGACAGUUGCAGGUGGAUGCCAUCGUGACGCUGGGUGGCCUCGCCGGCAGGUUUGACCAGGCCAUGGCGUCAGUGGAGACCCUGCACCACGCUCUGUCCAUGACUCCACUCCCACUGCUCAUCAUACAGGAAACCAGCCUGGCCUAUCUGCUCAGACCUGGCAGCCACAGAUUGGACGUGAACACAGGCCUGGAGGGAGACUGGUGCAGUCUCAUUCCAGUGGGUGGGCCCUGCAGGACCACCACCUCUGGACUCAAGUGGAACCUGGAUAACCAGGUCCUGCAGUUUGGAAGGCUGGUGAGCACCUCCAACACCUACGAGCCCACAGCUCCGGGAAAACCCAGGAAACCUGUGACCGUGACCACGGACCAGCCUCUGCUGUGGAGCAUGGGCAUCCUGAAAGCCGCACAAUAACACGCUGAAGAGCUGACUGCUCUAGCGCACAGGGCCAAAAUAUCCUUCAAGUAGGAUUCUAGUAGAAUGUGUACUUUUUGAUGAACUUAGCUCAGGUGAAACAAGAGAUACUGACUUUAUGGCUGCUGUUCAUGACCAAGGACUACUUCUUAUGGAAUAUUGAUAACGAUAGCACUGAUAGGUUCCACAGUACUGCACUGACUUGAUGCCUCUUCACCUUGAAUGGUAAUGCUCAUUGUUUGCUUUGUCUUGCACGCUUCAGCAUGUGCCUUCCACCCCAGUGGUCUUCUAGGGAUAUGGGAAACAAACCGAAAGCCUUUCAGUGAUGACUUUUAAAACACUACUUCAGAAAUGACAGAAACCAAAGUGAUCGCAGAAUGCUGGAAGUGG